UUUUUGUAACUUGCAACAACCGUCGCCGUCUUCGCUUAUAUGCGAGGCUUGCUUUCUGUGUUUUCGAAGAACUUUACUGCUCCAAAGAAGGAAGAGAACUUUUAGAAGAGUUUUCUUUUACACCAGGAGCUUAAAACAUGGGCAAGGCUUCGAGGGACAAGAGGGAUAUCUAUUAUCGAAAAGCAAAAGAAGAAGGUUGGCGGGCUAGAAGUGCUUUUAAGCUCCUUCAGAUAGAUGAAGAAUUCAAUAUAUUUGAAGGAGUGAAACGUGUGGUAGAUUUAUGUGCUGCCCCUGGUAGCUGGAGUCAGGUUUUGAGUCGUAAAUUAUAUCUCCCAGCAAAGUUUUCGCCUGAUUCAAGGGAUAAUGAUCUUCCUCUCAUUGUGGCCAUCGAUUUGCAACCUAUGGCUCCAAUUGAAGGUGUUAUUCAAGUGCAGGGUGAUAUAACUAAUGCGCGAACAGCUGAAGUGGUUAUUAGACAUUUUGACGGCUGCAAAGCUGACUUGGUUGUGUGCGAUGGUGCUCCUGAUGUCACUGGCCUUCAUGACAUGGAUGAAUUUGUUCAAUCCCAACUCAUACUAGCUGGUUUAACAAUUGUUACCCAUGUACUUAAAGAAGGUGGUAAAUUUAUUUCAAAGAUAUUUCGUGGAAAAGAUACAAGUCUCCUAUACUGUCAGUUGAAAUUAUUUUUUCCUGUCGUGACCUUUGCAAAACCAAAAAGCAGUCGCAAUUCCAGCAUAGAGGCAUUUGCUGUUUGUGAAAAUUAUUCCCCUCCUGAAGGAUUUAACCCAAAAGACCUGCACCGUCUUUUGGAAAAGGUGGGAAGCCCCUGGGGAGGAGAUGAUCAAGAUUGCAGUAGUGGGGGGUUGGAAGGGCCGAAUAAGGUGUACAUCCCAUUCUUAGCCUGCGGGGACCUUAGUGGCUAUGAUUCUGACCGUUCGUAUCCGCUGCCGAAAGUUGCUGAAGGAACCUACCAGAGCUUGGACCCUGUACAACCCCCAAUUGCCCCUCCUUAUAAGAGAGCUCUUGAAAUGAAAAAGGCUUCCAGUCAAGGUAUCCGAGAGCUUGAAAAGCUUUCCUUGGAUUCUUGAUAAUGCCUUUUACUGUUGCUUUUUUCAUUUAUGGGCCAGAAAAUUUUGAAACAGUUAGAUUUGUGUUAUUAUGUGGACCGCCAAAAUUAUUUGAUGCAAACUAUAUACCUUUCUUGUUGUAUAAACAA